CGUACGGACCGCUCAAAGUCGCAUAUACCUCGUUAACGUGACAGACUGCGGUCUGAUUCCUCAGAGACAAUCACGAGGCACUAGAUUUUAAUGAGACAGACAAGAGGAGAGAUAUGCCAAGCGGCAGGAAGACUUAAGUCUGCUGGACUGAUCACAAUUAUGCUGAUGAAAAAUCGUUUUGCUUCCUCAGAGAUACUUGUACCGGAUAAAUUUCAUAUACGCAGGAGCGCGUCUGUCGGGAACUUUGAAUUGAUUGAUGUCUGAUGGGCGAAAACAAAGUUGGAUUUCUGCUGAAAGCAAAGGGGACUGUAACGAGAAAACGAAAUAAGCGAGGCGCCUUCCGUCAUUAGCUACCGAGGAAAUUAAAAGAAACGUCUUAUCAGGCUGAUUUGAAGACUAGCUGACGCGGCUGGCAGUCCUCGCUGUGAAUAUACACUUUUCUGCUGCCGGACGAAGCAAAUGCUGAGUGAAAGAUGCAUUUGGGUAAGGCUCUGCUGUUCGUCCUCCUCCUCAACUGCGCAACUUUGAGCUCAUCCCUGUCAACUUGUGCCACCGUGGACAUCGACCACGUGAAAAGGAAGAGAGUCGAAGCGAUACGAGGGCAAAUUUUGAGCAAACUCCGACUGACAAGUCCUCCACAGUCUCUGGGACCGACUAAAAUCCCCUAUGAAAUCCAAGCGUUGUAUAACAGCACCAAGGAGCUACUGGAGGAGCUGGGGAGGGAUCGGCAGCAGAGUUGCGGUCAGGACAACACAGAGACAGAGUACUACGCCAAAGAGAUACACAAAUUCAACAUUAUCUACGGAUCACAAGAGACCAAUGAUCUGCCUUCCUGCCCAAAAAGCAUCCCCUCUAAUGUUUUCCGCUUCGACGUCACGACCAUGGAAAGGAACGCGACCAACCUCUUCAGAGCGGAGUUUCGGGCUCUGAAGGUUCCAAACUCGACUGCCAAGAGGAACGAGCAGCGAAUUGAACUCUACCAGAUUUUGAGGCCGAAUGAACACAUUAGGAAGCAGCGCUACAUUGGAGCCAAGAAUGUGCUGACCAGGGGUCCUCCGGAAUGGAUCUCCUUCGAUGUGACUGAAACAGUGCGGGAAUGGCUGACGAACAGAGGAUCUAAUCUGGGUUUGGAAAUCAGUGUGCACUGUCCCUGCCACACCUUCAACCCAAAUGGAGACAUCAUUGACAAUGAAAACGAGGUACUGGAGGUGAAGUUUAAAGGUGUUGAUGGAGAUGAGGAGCGCAGUCGCUUGGAUCUGGACCACCUGAAGAGGAAAAAGGAGCAGCAUCUGCCUCACCUCAUCCUCAUGAUGAUCCCGCCCCACCGCCUCGACAAUCAAUCUUCACGCCGACGAAAGAGGGCGCUGGACACAAACUACUGUUUCUCAAACCUGGAGGAGAGCUGCUGUGUUCGCAAGCUCCACAUCGAUUUCCGGCGCGAUUUGGACUGGAAGUGGAUCCAUGAGCCCAGUGGCUACGACGCCAACUACUGCUCUGGGCCCUGCCCUUACUUGAGGAGCUCAGACACAACGCACAGCUCGCUGCUGAGCCUGUACAACACUCUGAAUCCAGGGGCCUCCGCCUCCCCCUGCUGUGUCCCUCAAGACCUGGAACCCCUCACUAUACUCUACUACUCUGGACGAACCCCCAAAGUGGAGCAGCUCUCCAACAUGAUCGUCAAGUCCUGCAAGUGUAGCUGAGAGCACACGGACGCAGAAUGGCAGAUUUUACUAGGUACACACCAAACCCAUGCUCUAUGACUUUUGGACUCUUAGCUGUGACAAAUACUUAAACUGACCCUGUGGCCUCAUGGCUUAGAACUGAACACCACUCUAGAUGUCACACAUUUUUGAGGAUGCAAAUGUCCUCAGAAAAGUUUUUCUCGUUUUGUACUUUUCCUCCCGCUCAUUCAAUUCUGGAUGACGAAUAGACCGAUUUGAAUUUAAACCCAACCUAGUCAAACGUAGUCCUCCAAUCAAGGUAUAAUAUUAAAAUGCUCCCAUCUGUACUUGUGAGGGUGAACAACAUACUCCUAAGGCUAUCUACAUCAAAAAGAAACAACCUGGAACUGCUUCAUGAGCAUUGACCAAAAAAUGUGGUAUAUUUUGCGCUUCGUACUCCACAUAGUCACAGUUUCUAGCCUUGGUUUUAUAUUGUUAAUAGUCACAAAUAUAGAUGACGGUGCUCAGAUGAUGGUCAAAUAGUCCUUUCAGGCUGGAUUUUUCCCUGAACUUGCCUUAGGUUCCCAUUUGCUUCUAACAGUGGGCAUUAUCUUCCAACACAAAAGGAGAAAGGACAGACUUGCUGCUGUAUCCAAAGCCAUAGCUGUGGUCAGGGAAAAGGAGAGCUGAGAGAGAAUGCCUGUUGGAUUUGCAAUGGAAAGUCAAUGAACAAAGAAGUUGAGCCAAGCUUUUCUUUUUUGGCCAGCCAGCAGCAAUGGCCUUUUUUUUUUUUUUUUUUUUUCGGUGCAUCUAUUAGAACGGAUGGAAGAAGAAGAAGAAGAAGAAGAAGAAGAAGAAGGGACCUGUAUGGAAGGGAAGAACUGUGAUGGAAACUUGCCACGAGCACGCUGCCAUUCACUGGAAGUUUUCAUCCCUAACAGGUUCAAAUUAUUUUUGGUACAUCAAAGAAUAUACUGGAAGCGAACACAUGUUACACAACAGGUUUUUAUGGGACUUCUUUUACAUUAAUAGCAGAUUUAGUCUGUUAUGCAACUUGUCAUAUAGUGAUUGUUUCACUAACUGGGAAGAAUUUGAUCCCCGAUGGAAGCGAUUUUAUAUUAAACUAUGGGUACUGUUACAUUUCCUUGUGAUUUAGAAAGAAUAUGCAACAUUUUUUUCCAUGAGAUUAACCUGUUCUAUGUGACCCAGUCUGUGUAAAUUUGUAUGCAACUCCUAUCAACUCACCUGUCGCCCCUUCACUCCUGCCAGCUGACAAAGAGUCGCAUGUCCAAGUCAGGACUCUGGCAUUCCCAAAACACUGCAGUCUUUCAUUCCCCCUGCUCUGUCUCUGUUUGUUUUGGUGCUCUUUUACAGGGUGAAGCCCUAAUGGAACAAAAAUGAAGAGGGAGGGGAAAAAGUCAUAACAUGACAGUGGCUGGAUGUACAGUUAGACCUCAUUUUCUCAGAGUCAGGAGAGCGAUUCUGAAUCCCUGUACUGUUGUUUUGACAUUUGCCCGGUCAGCGUCAUCUAGUCUUUAGGUGUUGUUUUUUUGGCAGUAAUAUUGUUUUGAUUGUUGAUUGUUAUUAAAAAGGCAACAUGCAAAA